CCGCGAGUAGAACGUAGAGCGGAUAUCUCGCUUGCUGUUAUCACCUACCACCACCAACACCAUGAACGCAUCCGACCCAUUCGUGAUAACCUCCCGCGAGAGGCUCAAGUACGAGGACCAGUUCAAAUCGCUUCAACCGGUCGAUGGUGUCGUGACGGGUGGACAGGCCAAAGGAUUUUUCCUGCAGAGCCAACUGCCUCCUCAGAUACUCGGUCAGAUAUGGGCUCUCGCCGAUACGGAUGCCGAUGGGCGUAUGACGCUUGGUGAAUUCAGUAUUGCCUGCAAACUGAUCAAUUUGAAGUUACGUGGAUUUGAAGUUCCAAAGGCACUUCCUCCGACACUGGUCGCAUCGCUCACUGCCGUUGGUGGAACACCGAUUCUCACUCCCACUUCCGGGCUGAGCCCGCUCGAUCCACUGAAAUCACUGUCCGGUUCAAUUGCGGCCGUACCACAUGCUGUUCCACAGGUGCAGCAGCCACCCAUGAUGGCUCCCCAUGCAGCCGGCAUCGUUCCGCACGCUGUAGUGCCUCCGCUGAUGAACAAUCAAAUGGUUGCGUCCCAGGUUCCGAUGAUGGGUGGUGGUGUGGCCCCUCCAAAACCGGCCCUUCCACCACAACCAUUAAUCGGUGUAACUGCACAGGCUCCUCUCAUCCCAAUGGGGCAACAGCCACUGAUUCCGGGAGUACCGACCAUUCCGGGCAUGGCACCAGCACCAGCUGUAAUGCAACAACCGCUGAUCGGAGGAUUAGUAGGAGCUGGCCCAACCAUUCCACCGACCGCUGCUGUAAAGCCACUGAUAGAUCCACUUGGAAGCGUUGGUGCGGUGCCAUUGGUGGCCGGUGUAGCACCGGUCGUUCCGGCACCGCCAACACCGCCUCAUUCCGGUGGUGGCACACCAGCUCGCUCGAUGUCAAUCUCGGAACGGGCUCCUUCCAUUGAAUCUCCUGGACAAGUCGAGUGGGCAAUCAAGGGUCCUGCGAAGCUGAAGUACACUCAGCUUUUCAACACGACCGAUCGGAACCGUAGCGGUUUCCUUACCGGACCGCAGGCACGCAACAUUAUGGUCCAAACCAAACUGCCGCAGGCAAUGCUCGCGCAAAUUUGGGCACUGGCCGACAUGGACACGGAUGGUCGGCUGGGCUGUGAAGAGUUCGUACUGGCAAUGUAUUUGUGUGACAUGGCAGCUGCCGGCGAGAAAGUUCCCACCACGCUGCCACCCGAGCUGGUGCCACCUUCAUUCCGCAAGGCUUCGUCGCGGCAUGGUUCAGUGGUAGGUUCACGCCACGGAUCCGUAUCAUCACAGGGAGCACCGGUGCAUGCUGCGGUUGAGCUUGAUCCUCUGUCGGGUUUACCACAAACAUCAUUCGAAGAUAAGCGUAAGGAAAACUUUGACAAAGGUCAGGCAGAACUGGAACGGCGAAGGAAAGCGCUGAUGGAUAUUCAAAAGAAGGAACAAGAGGAACGUGAACGCAAAGAACGCGAAGAACAAGAAAAGAUCCGUAAGGCCAAGCUGGAGGCAGAACUGAAGAAGCAACAGGAGCUGGAGAAAGAAUUGCAGCGCCAACGUGAACUUGAACAGGAGCGAGAGGAGCAACGCAAACGAGAGCUCGAAAAGAAGGAACUUGCACGAAAAGAACUAGAAAAGCAACGUCAGCUCGAAUGGGAAACACAGAAGAUCGCCGAAAUGCAGCAGCACCGACAGCGUGAACAGGAAAACGUACUCAAGCUAAAGGCACAAAAUCAAUCGUUAAGCGUCGAGUUGAGCACGUUCAACGAGCGCAUUAAGGAGUUGUCGCAAAAGAUCUGCGACACGCGUGUUAAUGUCACGAACGUUAAAAGUACGAUCGACGGUAUGCGUACAACGCGUGACACACAAAUGGCUGAAAUGAAUCAGCUGAAGGCAAAGGUAAAGGAACAGAACCAGAGGUUGGUGCAGCUGAGCCAGGAGAAAGCUAAGCUGGAUGCGAAGAGCAAAUCAGGCGAAACGGAAAGUCAGCUACAGUUUACUAACAAACAGAUCGUCAUACAGCAGCUCAAGGACAAGCUAGAAAACACCAAGCAACAGAUUGAGAACAAAACGACGGACAUAAAUCUGAACCGUGAACAGCUGAUCGAGCUGAAGUCCCAACUUACAGAUCUAAUUGAUGCCUGCGAGAAGCUGUAUGGUGAAUACGAUAUGCAGAGAAUUCAGAUCUUGGAGAUGAAGAACAAUCGUAAAAACGAAUCGUACACUAGCGCAUGGGAUACAUCAAACUCGUGGGCCACUUCGGAUACUGCAACGCACGCGGUAACCAACAGCGAACCUACACCGGUGGCCGGCAUCACUGCCAGGGCUGGCGACGAUGUGCAAACGCCGCCAGGCUACAUGAAGUAUCGUGCGAUUUACGAGUUUAGCGCCCGAAACAGCGACGAAAUUUCAUUUCAACCUGGUGAUAUUGUGAUGGUACCGCUAGAGCAGAAUGCCGAGCCCGGAUGGUUGGCAGGUGAAAUAAACGGCCAUACCGGUUGGUUUCCGGAAUCGUUUGUUGAAAAGGUCGAUAGCAAUCUGAACGUAGUGGAAGCACCAGCCCCAGAAACGAUAGCUUACAGUGAGCCGGCAGCGGACUUCACGACCGCACCAGUUGACGAUUACGAGCCGGCGAACGAUAAUACAGAGGCUACGUGCAACGGUGACGUUGAAUAUUAUGUCGCAUGCUACGCUUACCAAUCGGCCGAAGCAGGUGAUCUUGUGUUCGAUGCAGGUGAAACGAUCGCCGUGUUAAAGAAGGAGGGCGAUUGGUGGACCGGCACAAUUGGCAAUAGGACUGGCAUUUUUCCUUCGAACUACGUGCAAAAACAGGAAGGCGAGACAAUGAACGGAAACCAGGCGACAUAUAACGAGCAACCUGCGCACCAGGAACCGGAACAACAUCAGCCACAACCAGCGCAAACGUACGAGCAAGAGAUUAAGCGCAAGCAAUCAACCACCGCCGCCGGUAGUAAUACUCAGGACGCCGAGGAUGCACGAAAUCAGGCCGAGCUCGAUUCGGAAGUGUCACAGAUCAAUACUCAACCACCGUCAGGUGCGGCAGCCAACGAAGAAAACAUUCGUUACUCCUCCAUGUCCAUGACAUCGGCCACGCCCAGUCUCAGGCGGAAGGGCGAAGUCGCACAGGUGAUUGCACCGUACGAAGCGACCAGCUCCGAGCAGCUGUCACUACAGCGUGGUCAGCUAAUAAUGAUAAGAAAAAAGACCGAUUCCGGUUGGUGGGAAGGUGAAUUACAGGCAAAAGGACGUCGCCGCCAGAUUGGGUGGUUCCCGGCGACUUACGUUAAGAUAUUGCAGGGUGGUCGAAACAGUGGCCGCAAUACGCCCGUGUCAGCGAGCAAGGUAGAACUGACGGAAACUAUUCUUGACAAAGUCAUCGCACUGUACCCGUACAAAGCACUGAACGACGACGAGCUGUCCUUUGAGAAGGACGAUAUCAUUAGCGUGCUCGGCCGGGAUGAGCCGGAGUGGUGGCGCGGCGAACUGAACGGUACUACCGGUCUGUUUCCGAGCAAUUACGUCGGCCCGUUCGUGUCGUCCGGCAAUGUAUAACGGGCAGCAGGGCUUUCCGCAACUUUCACCAAAGCCCAUAAUGACGCGUUAAAUCGAGGCGGCUUAGUCCGUGGUUUCGCUUGGUGUACCGAUCCCGGUACCGCCAGCAGCAUUAGCCGCAACCUUUGUCAGACGGAUUAUGGCUACAACGACGAAUACAGACAACCAGCAGACGGUGCGGAGGACGAUCGACACAACAACAACAACAAUAAGCGAUACCACAACAAUAAAAUCAAUAAUUAUAAAGCUAAUUAUAAUAACAAUAACUGUAAUAACGAAAAUACUAAGAGUAACGAUAACGAUAUUAACCAAUGCAACAAUAA